CCCCGAAUUACUUGUGUUUAACAUUGUUGUGUUAUAUUAUCCCAUUCUUUUCAUUAUUCGGUCUUCUGUGUUUGUGCUUUUACUUUGUCGUGUUCAUCUGGACGGGGCACUGUUUUUCCUUUGUUGCUGUGUCUUGUGAUUUUUUUGUUGAGGCAUUAGAAUUUUCGAGGGUGUUAACUGUCUCAGUUCUUUCCAGUAUUUGGUGUUUUUGCCCAUAUUACUUUUGUCAGAAAAACUCUCAGGUAGACAGAGCCUUCAGCCUUUGCUCCCCAUUUCCUCUCCGUUUGUGAUAACUCCUUUUCCUUACCUGGUUUAAUUAGGAUUCGAAAGCUCCAGAUCUCAGUUUUCAACUUUCAUUGUCUCCCACACAAGAUCAUGCUGUGGUCAUUUGGUCCACCAGGGGGUGCAGUCCUCUCUUUCUGAUUAUUACUCCCUUCUCUGUUUCUGCAACCACCAUUUCAGUCAGAAAACCCACAUUCAGCAAGCCCCCUUUUGGGUGGAUGUUGCCCACUGGUUUUGCCCCAGGCUUGCUUUCUUGCUUUGUAGGGGCUGCUUAUAUCUAAACUGACAAUCAGGGAAAGCGUGGACUUUCCUCCAUUUAGGAGAAGGGGCUGACUCCCCAGAAGGCCCUUGGAGAGACCUGUCUUGUUGGUUUCACAGCCCCAGUAUCCAUGUAGUGGUUGGGGGAGUAGUAUCCACUUAGGUAUCCUACCUACUGUAGGGGACCUUCUGUAGGAAUUUGUAUCAGUCCAGCAGCUGACAGAUACCAGGUGGAGGAGGGGCUGUCAUGCUCCAAAUGGACCUCUAGGGAGUUCUACCUUGUAGCUAUCAGAGUCCCCUCCUCUACCCCAUAGUAUGUUGGCUGUGGGUGUAGCACCUUUUCAGGACAUCUGAGCAGCCUCUGUCAGCAGCGGGAGCGGACAGGCCUGAUCUGACCCUCAGGGAGGUCUGUCCUGUUGGUUUUAAUGGGCUGAGCUAUGGGUUUGUAGGGAGGCGAAUAGAAUGCUGAGUGUGGGGGCAGGUUCCACUGGAGGAAACCUUCUAUAGCAAUUGGAUGCAGCCUGGCAACCAGCAGUUACCAGGUCGGGGCGGGAGUGUCAUGCUCUGAAUAGACCCUCAGUGAGGUUUGUCAUGUUUCUCUCAGAGCCUCCCCAGCCAAUUGUUGGCUGUGAAUACAGCUUCCACACAAGGCACCUGCUUCCUAGCACACAGCAGGCUCAGUCAGCAGUUCUCAGCGCUGACCAGAUGUGGGUGCAGACUGUCUCAAAGUGACAGCCAAAGAGGCCUGUCCUGUUGGUUUCGGAGGCCUGAGUUAUGGGGUGCAUAGGGAGGCAGGUAGAGUGCCAUCAGUGUAGACUCCACUGGAGGGAGACUUCUCUAGCUAUUUGCUGCAGCCUUGCAGCCACCUGUAACCAGGCGGUGGAGGGAAUGUCACUCCAAACAGACCCCCAGGGAGGCCUGCUUUGUUGCUGUCUGCAGCCCCCUUCCCCUGUUGAUAUAGAAAAAACAAAGAAUUAUGUCAUCAAGUUAACCAGGACUUCUUUGAACAGCAGUAUUGAUAGAUAUACACGUACAGAACCAGAAAAAGCCUCUUACCUUCCCUUCUUGCUCUGCUUCUCUGAAGUUGGUCAAUAGUAUGGAGCAUCUCAGGGGCUAAAAUAAAAUCUCUUUUACUCUCUUCCUGCCAUGAGUGUAGUGUCUAGUCAAGAUGCCUGCUUCCUAGCACAUAGCAGUUUUAGUCAGCAGUCCUCAUUGCUGACCGGAGGUGGAGGCAGACAGACCCGAACUGACCUUCAGAGAGGUCUGUCCUGUUGGUAGCAGAGGCCUGAGCUAUGGAGUGUGCAGAGAGGCAGGCAGAGUGUUGACUAUGGGAGCAGACUCCACUGCAGGGGCUUUCUGUAGCAGUUCACAGUGGACUUGCAGGUGACAGUAUCCAGGUGGGGGAGGUGCUGGUGCACUCCAGAUGGACCCCUGGAGAGGUCCGCCUUGUUGAUUUUAGAUCAGAAGCUUGGGGUCUUACUGCUUCAUACAGGCAGGGGGUGUGGUGUUUAGGGAAGCAGGCUCUUUUGCUGGGGUCUUUCCCCAGGUCACAGCAGAUAUUGGACAGAAUUGCUGGGAGGAGAGGCAGGGUUGGGUAGGAGAAGCAAUUUUCCUGUCAUAUGCGACUCAUAAUUUCGUUGAUUCUUGCCUUUCUGCACACUGCUGCUGCUGUCCUCUGCUCCCCAAUUCAGAGUCCCUCAAGGCUGAGCACCUUUUCCUAAUUUUAUUUGUGGGAGAGAGCCAGAAUGAUGUUCUCUUUGUGCUUCCAUCUUCCCAGAAUCUCAAAUUUAAUACUCUUAUUUUUUUAUUUUCCUGGCUGCAUUGGCACUACCUUGGGUAAGCAGUUUGAAUGCCUACCUCUUUUUAUGAUGCUCCCUCAAUAAAAUGUCAUCUAGCAUGUUUUGGUUUUUUAAAAUACAGAUCUUGGAUAUCCCAGUGUUUCCUAGGGAGUGUCAACAUUACCUUGCUAUUUGGAGAAUUGAUUCGUUGAUUGUCUUAUUAAACUCUCUUUUAUAUGUUUGGUAUCCUCAAAGCCAAAGGUACAUUAGAGAUUACUGUUGAUUCAUUUGGGUACUUAAACAUUUCCCUGACUUUUUGGAACUUGAAGGAUUGUUAUUCACCAGUAGCUAAUUUAAAAAUCAUUUAUGCUUUUUUAGUGUUCUCAUGGAAUUUAAUGAUUUUUAGGUGCCAGUUAGAGCAUUUGGUAGGUUGACUACAAAAAUAAAUAUUUAAGCAAUGCUGGGUAGCUGUGAGGUAGCUGUUUCCUUGACAACUAGAGAGCUUUUCUAUUUGUUAAACAAAGGGAUGGUAAUUAGUAGUUUAAUUUCCUUUUUGGCAUGGAAUUGCUACAUAAAAACAGAUUUUAUUUUAGCCUCUGAGAUAGCCUAUAUUAUUGACCAAAAUCAGAGAAGCAGAACAAGAAGAGAAGGUAAAAGGUUUUGUUUCUGCCUGUGUACAUAUAUAUCUAUCAGGAUUGGUGUUCAAAGGAGUCUUAGUUUACCUCACAACAUAAUUCUUUGUUUAUCUCUAUAUUGGACCAAAGUACAGUAGUUUCAGCUUAGAUAUAUAGUCUUAGUUGUCUUUCUGAUACACUAAACAGUCGUGAUACACUUCAUUAUAGAGUAUCAGCACAAAGACUUGAUUUUUCUUGCUACUAGAAUUCAGCAUGAUAGCUUCAUAUCUGAAUUGAACCGAACAAACAAACAAAAACCAAAAGAAAAACCCAUUGACGUCAUGUCGAUUGCAACUCAUAGCAACCCUUUGGACAGCGUGGAACUGUCCCGUAGGGUUUCCAAGGGGUGGCUGGUGGAUUCAAACUGCCAACCUUUUGGUUAACAUCCAGGCUUUUAACCACUAUACCGCCAGGGCUCCAUGAAGAUGAUAUUUUAAGGAAGGCCUCCCUCCACCCCCAUAUAAUUAUACUGGCAUUUUCUCUAUUUAACUUACAAAACAUUUUUUAAUACAGAACUCCCCUCUAUAUUAUUAAGUAGUAGUAAUACUAUUUUUUGGCUACUGUGUGAUGGGGUGAAAACCUUGGUGACAUAGUGGUUAAGUGCUACGGCUUCUAACCAAAAGGUAAGCAGUGUGAAUCCACCAGGCGCUCCUUGGAAACUCUGUGGAGCAGUUCUACUCUGUCCUGUAGGGUUGCUGUGAGUUGGAAUCGACUUGAUGGCAAUGGAUUUGGUUUUGGUUUUUAUAUGUUGGGAAGGAGUCUCUGUGUGGCACAGUCUGCUAAGCUCUGGGUAUUAAUCAAAAGGUUUUCUCUAUAAAUUCACCUAUUCUAGAUUUUUAUGUAAGUGGGACCACGCAAUACUUGUUCUUUUGUGUAUGGCUUAUUUCACUUAGCAUACUAUUUUAAUCAAGGUUCAUUCAUAUCAUAGCAUGUGUGAGAACUUAAUUUCUCUUUAUGGCUGAAUAAUGUUCUACUGUAUGUGUAAAACUCAUGGCCCCAUAGGGCUUUCAAGGAGCGCCUGACGGAUUCGAACGGCUGACCUUUCAGUUAGCAGCCGAACUCUUUAACUACUGCGCCACCAGGGUUUUUUGUUGUAUGUAUAUAACAUAUUUUGUUUAUCCAUUCAUCUGUUGAUGAACAUUUCCAAUGUUUCUACCUUUUGGCCAUUGUGAAUAAUCCUACAGUGAACAUUGGUGUACAGGUAUCUGAGUACCUACUUUCAGUUCUCUAGGAGUAGAAUUGCUGGGCCAUAUGGUAAUUCUAUUUAAUUUUUGUGUGUGUGUGUGCUUUAGGUGAAAUUUUACAGAGCAAAUUAGUUUCUUAUUAAACAAUUAGUACACAUAUUGUUUUGUGACAUUGGUUGCCAACCCUGUGAUGGGUCAGCACUCUCCCCUUCUUAACCUGGGUUCCCUAGUUCAACUUGACCAGUUUUCCUGUCCCCUCCUGCCUUCUUGUCCUUGCCCCUGGGCUGGUGUGCCUGGAGUCUUAUAUACAUGGUUGAACUACGUGUGUUAUUGUUUUAUAGGCCUGUCUAAUCUUUGGCUGAAGGGUGAACCUCAGGAGUGACUUGAGUACUGAGUUAAAAGGGUGUCUAGGGGCCAUACUCUCAGGGUUUCUCCAGUCUCUGUCAGAGCAGUAAAUCUUGGCUUUUUUGUGUCAGAAUUUUGUUCUAUAUUUUUCUCCAGCUCUAUCUGGAACCGUCUAUCGUGAUCCCUGUCAGAGCAGUUGAUGGUGUAGCCAGACACGAUCUACUUGUGGUAGCCUCAGUUGGUAGAGGCUAUGGUAGUUGUGGUCCAUUAGUCAUUUGAACUAACCUUUCCCUUACAUCUUUGAUUUUCUUCAUUCUCCCUUGCUUCAUAUGGGUUGGAACCAGUAGAGUACCUUAGAUGGCUACUCACAAUUUUUUAAGAUCCCGGAUGCUACUCACCAAAGUAGAAUGUAGAACAUUUUCUUUAUAAACUAUGUUAUGCCAGUUGAACUAGAUAUCCCCUGAGACCAGCACUCAGCCCAGUAAUUUGGUCCCUCAGGGAGUCUGGAUGUGUCUAUGAAGCUUCCAUGACCUUGCCUUGGUUGAGCUGUGCUGACUUCCACAGUAUUGUGUACUGUCUUACCCUUCAUCAGAGUUACCACUUAUCUAUUCUGUAGUUAGUGUUUUUCCUUCCCAUUCCUCCCCUCACUAAUAACCAUCAAGGAUUGUUUCUUUCUGUGUGUAAAACUUUUCAUGAGAUUUAUAAUAGUGGUCUCAUACAGUAUUUGUCCUUUUGUGAUUGGCUUAUUUCAGUCAGCAUAAUGCCCCCCAGAUUCAUCCGUGUUGCGAGAUGUUAACCAGAUUCAUCCUUGUUCUUUACUGUCCUGUAGUAUUCCAUUGUAUGUACCAUAGUUUAGUCAUUCAUCUCUUGAUGGGCACUUAGGUUGUUUCUAUCUUUUUGCUAUUGGUGAAUAAUGUUGCAGUGAGCAUGAGCGUGCAUAUGUCUGUUCGUGUGAUGGCUGUUAUUUCUCUUUAGGAUAUAUUCCUAGGAGUGGGAUUGCUGUAUCAUUUGGUAUUUCUAUUUCGUUUUUUUUAAGGAAGCACCAUAUUGUUGUACCAUUUUGCGUUCCCACCAGCAAUGUGUAAAAGUUCUAAUCUUCCCCACGGUCUCGCCAACAUUUGUUAUUUUCUGUUUUAUUGAUUCAUGCCAGUAAUGUUGGGGCGAAAUGGUAUCUCAUUGUAGUUUUGAUUUGCACCUAUAUUUAAGUUUUUGAGGAAUUGCAAAAGUGUUUUCCACAGUGGCUGAGCCACUUUGCAUUCUCACCAGCAGUGCUUGAGGAUUUUGAUUUCUCUACAUCCUCACCAACAUUUGUUAUUUUCCUUUUUUUUUGAAAACAGCAAUCCUAGUGGGUGUUAAAUGAUAUCUCAUGGUGGUCUUGAUUCACAUGUCCCUAAUGAGUAAUGAGGUUGAGCACCUUUUUAUGUGCUUUUUGGCCUUUGUUUAUAUUCAAGUACUUUGUCCAAUUUUUAAUUGUUGUUUGUCUUUUUGUUAGGUUGUAGAAGUUCUUUAUAUAUCCUGGAUAUUAAACCCGUAUCAGAUAAAUGAUUUGCAGGUGUUUUCUCACUUUGGGUAGGUUUUCUUUUCACUUUAUUUGGUAAUGUCUUUUGAUUCACAAAAGUUAUUAGUUUUUAGGGAAUCCAGUUUAUCUUUUUUUGCUCAUGUUUUUGGUGUCAUAUCUAAGAAUCCAUUGCCACAUAUAAAGUCCUAAAGAUUUACUUCUAUGCUUCUAAGAGUUUGAUGGUUUUAGUUCCUAUAUUUAGAUCAUUGAUCCAUUUUGAGUUGAUUUUCAUACAGGUUGUGUGGUAGGAGGUCUGACAUCAUCUACUGCAUAUGGAAAUCCAUGUUUCCCAGUACUGUUGAUGAAAGAAACUAUUGUUUCACCAUCGAAAGAACUUGACACUCUUGUCAAAAAUCAAUUGGCCAUAAGUUUAUGAGCUUAUUUCUGAGCACCCAACUCUACCCUAUUGGUUUAUAUGUCUACCUUAUUCCAAUAUCACACUGUUUAAAUUCCUGUUGCUUUGUAAUAAGUUUUGAAUUGGAAAGUGUGUUCCCUCCAACAUUGUUCUUUUUUAAAAUUGUUUUGGCUUUUCAAGGUCAUUUGGAAUUUGAGAUUGACAUUUCCAUUUCUACAAAAAGGCUAUUGAAAUUCUAAUAGAGAUUGCAUUGAAUCUAUGGAUUGCUUUGGGAGUACUACAUGUUAACAUCAAUAAAUCUUCUAGUCCACGACAUGGAAUGUCUUUCCAUUAAUUUUGGUCUCCUUUAAUUUCUUGAAGCUGUGUUUUAAAGUUUUCAGUGUACAUGUCUUCUAUCUCCUUGGUGAAAUUUAUUCUGAGUAUUUUAUUCUUCUAGAUGCUGUUUUGAGUGGAAUUGUUUCCUUAAUUUCCUUUUCAGAUUGUUCUUUGUUGGUGUAUAGAAGCACAACUGAUUUUUUAAAGUAUUGUGUUUUUGCUGAAAGUUUACACAGUAAAUUAUUUUCUCAUUUGACAAUUUUUAUACAACUUUUUCAGUGACAUUAGUUACAUUUUUCAAUGUGUCAGCAUUCUCUUUAAUUGUAUUCUUAUUCUUCCAUUUGUAGUAUACUAAUGUCCCUGCCCCCUUAUCUUCUCAUCUUUGCUUUAGAGGAAAUGUUGACCUUUUGGUGUCAUAUAGAUGGAUUUUUAGUAGAGCACUGUACUUAUGGGUAAUAUCCUUUAUUUUGUUUGCCACUUCAUUGUUUCGCUAAAAGGUCAUCUUGGGGGAUAGUUUUGUUUCAAGAUUUAAAGAGUAUCUCAGGGUAAUACUUUCAGAGUCCUUUGGUCUCAACUGGUCCAGUUAGUCUGGCUUUUUUUAAAAAAGAAUUUGAGUUUUGUUUUACAUUCUUUGUCUGUUCUACCUGGGACCAUCUAUUGUGACCCUGGUCAGAAUGGUUGGUCAGUAGUAGUAGCUAGGCACCAUCUAGUUCUUCUGGUCUCAGGGUUGAAGAUAAAGCUGUGGUUCAUGUAGGAUGUUAACCUUGUAGAUUCUUUCUUCUCUGAGACUUUGGUUUCUUUCUUACUCUUUUGCUCCUGAUGGUAGAGACCAGUAAGCUGUAUUUUAGAUGGCCACUCACAAGCAUUUAAGACCCUAGGUGCUACUCACUUUACCAGGAUGCAGAGCAUGAACUUUGUGAUCUAUAUUAUGCCACUCGACUCAGUUGUCCCAUGAGACGAAGGUCCUAAGCCUUCAGACCUAGAAAACCAAUCUCAAGGUGAAACAUAAAUGAUUUUUGGGUGACAAUCUUAUACCCUGCCACUUUGCUGAAAUAGCUUUCUUGUGAAAAAGCUAUUUGUGAAAUAGCUUUCUUGGAUUUUUGUAUAUCAUAAUAAUGAUAGUUUUACUUCUUCCUUUCCCAUUUGGAUGUCAUUUAUUUCUUUUUCUUGCCUGAUUGCUCUGGCUAGAACUGGCAGUACAAUGUUGAAUAGCAGAUAUCCUCGACUUGUUUCUCAUAUUAGUGGGAAAGCUUUCAGUCUUUAAUCAUUGAAUAUGAUGUUAGCUGUAAGUUUUUCAUAAGUGUUCUUUAUCAUGUUGAUCAGGGUACUGCUGGCCUUAUAGAACGAGUUAGAAAGUGUUCCCUUCCUCUUCAGUUUUUUGGAAGACCAACCAUUUUUAAAUUGCUAUUUUCUUGAUUGAUUGUUGCUUAGUUGCUGUAAAUCUUUUUACUGUUUCCAAAGUUCUGACAAAGUUGCUUCUGACAGUUUUAUCAGUUUUCCUUUUUUUUAACUGAUGUUUCCUGUGAAGGAAUGGGAGUUUGGAGUUCCCUACCCUGCCAUUUUGUAGUUUUGAGUUAAAUUAUUUCUCAGUAUUUUAUUCUUUUUAUGUUAUUGUGAAUGGAAUUACUAUUUUUUAAAUUUCAUUUCAGAUUGUUCCUUGCUAAUGUAUAUGGUAGAGUUUAGUGUGUUAAUUUUGUAUUCUGCAACUUUGCUGAAUUUUUAUAUUAUCUGGAAUGACUCGUUUGCGCACAUUGAGUGUUUCAUAAAUACUCCAGGAAUCAAACUAAGUGUUUUUCUAAUAUUGGCCCUAUUUACCUGACGUGGAAACUGAAGUUAGAGAGGUUAAAUAGCUUGGAAAUAUUUAUCUAGUUAGUAUAAAGAUAGAGCUGGUAUUAGAUGUUUGUCUUUCUGCCUUGAAAAGUCUGUGCAUAAUUAGUGUGCUCUGUUGCCUAAUUAUGCAGAUGAUUAAGAGUGAUAACAUAUGCUCUUCUAAAAUUACAUGUACAAAUCUGACCAUGUACAUUAUGGAUUUUAUUUGUGUUUCUGUAGAAAUUCUGGUUUAUAUUUUGGUCAGCAUUUAGAAAUAGUUGCACAGUUUUGCUGCCAGAUCAUUAUAUGUAUCUCGCAGUGUCCUAGUCUGACCAUCUUUGUGACCUUGAUGCUUUGAUAUAGGCUUCUUAAACAAAUGUAUAUGGAAUUCAAAAUACUGUGUUAUCUAAUUUAUGAGAUAAAUUGGGAUAGCUAAUGAGUAAAUUUGCAUAGUUAAGGGGAUGCAAAAGAAAGACCAGAACAUUGAUCAUUGUUUUUCCUGUGCUCUAACAAAUUGGCACUGCUUUAAAAAUGUAUUUCAAUUAUAGCAACUUUUUAUUAGACUCUUUCUGUUGCCAGCAUUUUUCUAAGACAUUUCUUUUACAUGUUAGUUCCUCUUUAUGUGUUAGAGCUUGAAUGAGGAAAAAUAUUAUCCUUCAAAAUAAUAACUUUCACCCCACAACAUUUGAGGUAAUUAAUACUUUUCUAUCGACAUGGAUUUUCAUGUGGUGAGGAUAGCUUAAGUGGAUAGGCCUAGUUUUUAUUAUGGGUGGGGAGGAAUCCCCUAUCUCAAAUUAAAGUCUAAUAAAUCUGCCCUAUUUAUAUCUACGGACGCCCUGGUGGUGUGGUGGUUAAGUGCGACGGCUGCUAACCAGAAGGUUGGCAGUUUGAAUCCACCAGGUGCUCCUUGGAAACUCUAUGGGGCAGUUCUACUCUGUCCUAUAGGGUCGCUAUGAGUUGGAAUCAACUCGACGGCAGUGGGUUUUUGGUUUUUUUGUCAUAUCUACAACAAACUGUAGAUAUUUUGCUAGUAUUAAGUGUGAAUAGUAAUAAAAGUGUACAUAAAUGGCUUUCUGUGUACUAGUAGUCUAAAUAUAUUAUUAUUCUAUUCUUUUUUGUUUAAAAUUCUCCAUAAUAAAAAAAUUAAAAAAGCUUAUUACCAUCUCAUAAAUAUUAGUUCCUAAGUAGGCACAAAUGAGCAACUUGGAAUUGAUUUCUUGUUUUCUUCUUUGUCUCAUCAUUUCUGGUGCCACAUCAAGCUUCAUUUACCUUAUGCUAUUUAUUUCUGUAAAUAAAAUUUUACAGGCUAAUAAAGAAGGAUUUGUUAAUGGCGGGGGGGGAGGUUACAGGUUGUGAAAGUAAUGAGCCUAUGAUAUGAAAACUGUCCUACCAUUUGGGCUUUUCUAGCAGUAAUACCCGAUACGAGUUGACGACAAAAUGAAUUAAUAUCUUUUUGAAAUUUCCUUACACUUUCCAGUCAAGUGUUAUAAGUGUCUUUUGAUAUUCUUGCUAAAAUAAAGUCACUAGCCUUCUAUAGUUGAAUUAAAGUUUUGGAGAAGGAGAAUAACAUUAAAUAAGGGCAAAGACAAAUAAGUAAAGUAAAAAAGCAUUUAUUAACUUUUGCUGUGAAAGUAGUGUAAAGCUAUUAAGCUAUAGUUAAUUAAUAAUAUAAAUUAAAAAAAAAAGUAACACAGAAAUGAUUAUCCUUCUCUCAGGGUAUUCUGCUGUUAUAGCAUAAAUGAAUUGAAAUGUAGGCUUUUUUUCCUAAGGAGAUUUUCAAAAUUAUGUAUUUGAUUAAAAAAAAAAAAAGACUUUUAAUGAAAUAAAUAGAAUGUGAGGCAAAUGGCCAUUUGUGCAUCUGCUUGAUUUUUCUUGGUUUAUUUGAUAACCCCCCCUUAAAAAAAGUUAUUAAAGUUGUUUGAUAUUUGAUAAAAUUGUGGCACUUUUUGUAGUAGCACUAGAAUGUCUUCUAAAAGAUCAGUUCGUGUAUUAGCCAAAACUGUUAGCUGUAGGUUUAUUUUAAGAACAGAUGAAAUAAACAUUUUCAGUAGUCAGUGCUACUUAACAGCAUUUGCCAAUGUAUGUUCUGUGGAAUUUCUGCAGAAUAUUAAUAGAAUAAAAAGGGUUCUUUGGACAAAUGGAUUGGGAAAUACCAAGUUAAUAUUUAGACUUUUGUUUUCCUUUUUUCUGUUGUAGGGCUUGUCAAAUCCUUUAACACAUUUUUGUGAAUCUCCGAAGAUGAAACAGAGUGCCCUUGAUGAGCCUCCCUAUUUGACAGUGGGCACUGAUGUGAGUGCUAAAUACAGAGGAGCCUUCUGUGAAGCCAAGAUCAAGACAGCAAAAAGACUUGUCAAAGUCAAGGUAACAUUUAGGCAUGAUUCUUCAACAGUGGAAGUUCAGGAUGACCAUGUAAAGGGCCCACUAAAGGUAGGCGCUAUUGUCGAAGUAAAGAAUCUUGAUGGUGCUUAUCAGGAAGCUGUCAUCAAUAAACUAACAGAUGCAAGUUGGUACACUGUAGUUUUCGAUGAUGGAGAUGAGAAGACACUUCGACGAUCUUCACUGUGCCUGAAAGGCGAGAGACAUUUUGCUGAAAGUGAAACAUUAGACCAGCUACCACUCACCAACCCUGAACAUUUUGGCACUCCAGUCAUAGGAAAGAAAACAAAUAGAGGAAGAAGAUCUAAUCAUAUACCAGAGGAAGAGUCUUCAUCAUCCUCCAGUGAUGAAGAUGAGGAUGAUAGGAAACAGAUUGAUGAGCUACUAGGAAAAGUUGUUUGCGUAGAUUAUAUUAGUUUGGAUAAAAAGAAAGCACUGUGGUUUCCUGCAUUGGUGGUUUGUCCUGAUUGUAGUGAUGAGAUUGCUGUGAAAAAAGACAAUAUUCUUGUUCGAUCUUUCAAAGAUGGCAAAUUUACUUCGGUACCAAGAAAAGAUGUCCAUGAAAUUACUAGUGACACUGCGCUAAAGCCUGAUGCUGUAUUAAAACAAGCCUUCGAUCAGGCACUUGAAUUUCAUAAAAGUAGAACUAUACCUGCUAACUGGAAGACUGAAUUGAAAGAAGACAGCUCUAGCAGUGAAGCAGAGGAAGAAGAAGAAGAGGAAGAUGAUGAAAAAGAAAAGGAAGAUAACAGCAGUGAAGAAGAGGAAGAAAUAGAGCCAUUUCCAGAAGAAAGGGAGAACUUUCUUCAGCAGUUGUACAAAUUUAUGGAAGAUAGAGGCACACCUAUUAACAAAAGACCUGUACUUGGGUAUCGUAAUUUGAAUCUCUUUAAGUUAUUCAGACUUGUACACAAACUUGGAGGAUUCGAUAAUAUUGAAAGUGGAGCUGUCUGGAAGCAAGUCUACCAAGAUCUUGGAAUCCCUGUCUUAAAUUCAGCUGCAGGAUACAAUGUUAAAUGUGCUUAUAAAAAAUACUUAUAUGGUUUUGAGGAGUACUGUAGGUCAGCCAAUAUUGAGUUUCAGAUGGCAUUGCCAGAGAAAGUGGUUAACAAACCAUGUAAGGAGUGUGAAAAUGUAAAAGAAAUAAAAAUUAAGGAAGAAAAUGAAUCAGAGAUCAAAGAAAUAAAGAUUGAAGAGGAGGGGAAUAUAAUACUAAAAGAAGAAAAGCCUGCGGAGGAUGAUAUUGAAAGAAAAGAAAAUAUCAAACCUUCUCUGGGAAAUAAAAAGAAUUUGUUAGAAUCUGUAUCUACACAGCCUGAUCAGGAAAAAGAAGUUAACAUGAAAAAAUCAGAAGAAAAUGGAAACCUGGAAGAUAAAGAUGAUGAGACAACUAGGGUAGAUGAAUCCCUCACAAUAAAGGUAGAAGCUGAAGAAGAAAAAGCAAAAUCUGGAGAUGAAACGAAUAAAGAGGAAGAUGAAGAUGAUGAAGAUGUAGAAGAGGAGGAUGAGGAGGAGGAAGAAGAUGAAGAUGAUGAUGACAACAAUGAGGAAGAGGAGUUUGAAUGCUAUCCACCAGGCAUGAAAGUCCAAGUGCGGUAUGGACGAGGGAAAAAUCAAAAAAUGUAUGAAGCUAGUAUUAAAGAUUCUGAUGUCGAAGGUGGAGAGGUCCUUUACUUGGUGCAUUACUGCGGAUGGAAUGUGAGAUAUGAUGAAUGGAUUAAAGCAGAUAAAAUAGUAAGACCUGCUGAUAAAAAUGUGCCAAAAAUAAAACACCGGAAGAAAAUAAAGAAUAAAUUAGACAAAGAAAAGGACAAAGAUGAAAAAUACUCUCCCAAAAACUGUAAACUUCGGCGCUUGUCAAAACCACCAUUUCAGACAAAUCCAUCUCCUGAAAUGGUAUCCAAACUGGAUCUUACUGAUGCCAAAAACUCUGAUACAGCUCAUAUUAAAUCCAUAGAAAUUACCUCUAUCCUUAAUGGACUUCAAGCUUCUGAAAGUUCUGCUGAGGACAGUGAGCAGGAAGAUGAGACAAGUGCCCAGGACUUGGACAGUAAUGGCAAAGAAGAAUCUAAGACUGAUCAUUUGGCCCACAGCAGAAAUGAUCUUAUUUCAAAAGAGGAACAGAACAGUUCAUCUUUGCUAGAAGAAAACAAAGUCCAUGCAGAUUUGGUAAUAUCCAAACCAGUAUCAAAAUCUCCAGAAAGAUUAAGAAAAGAUGUAGAAGGAUUAUCGGAAGAUACUGAUGAUGAAGAAGAGGAUGAAAUUGCAAAAAAGAGAAAGGAUGUCAAGAAGGACACAACAGAGAAAUCUUCAAAACCACAGGUAAAACGUGGUAAAAGAAGGCAUUGCAAUACAGAGGAAUGUUUAAAAACUGGAUCACCUGGCAAAAAGGAAGAGAAGGUCAAGAACAAAGAAUCACUUUGCAUAGAAAACAGUAGCAACAGCUCUUCAGAUGAAGAUGAAGAAGAAAAAUCAAAAGCAAAGAUGACACCAACUAAGAAAUAUAAUGGUUUGGAGGAAAAAAGAAAAUCUCUACGGACAACUGGUUUCUAUUCAGGAUUUUCAGAAGUGGCAGAAAAAAGGAUAAAACUUUUAAAUAACUCUGAUGAAAGACUUCAGAACAGCAGAGUUAAAGAUCGAAAAGACGUCUGGUCAAGUAUUCAGGGACAGUGGCCUAAAAAAACGCUGAAAGAACUUUUUUCAGACUCUGAUACGGAGGCUGCAGCUUCUCCACCCCAUCCUUCUCCUGAGGAGGCAGCAGCAGAGGAGCCGCUGCAGACAGUAGCAGAAGAGGAGAGUCGUUCACCCAGUGCAGAGCUAGAAAAACCACUACCAGUCAGUGUCGAUAGUAAACCUGCUGAGGAUAAAACAGUGGAAGUCAGUGACAAAAAAGCAGAAUUUCCAAGUAGUGGCAGUAAUUCAGUGCUCAACACCCCUCCUACUACACCAGAAUCACCUUCAUCAGUCACUGUAACGGAAGCCAGUCGGCAGCAAUCUUCUGUAACAGUAUCAGAAACAUUGGCUCCAAACCAAGAAGAAGUUCGAAGUAUCAAGAGUGAAACUGAUAGCACAAUUGAGGUGGAUAGUGUUGCAGGGGAGCUCCAAGACCUCCAGUCUGAAGGGAAUAGCUCACCAACAGGCUUUGAUGCGAGUGUGAGCUCCAGCAGUAGUAAUCAGCCAGAACCAGAACAUCCUGAAAAAGCCUGUACAGGUCAGAAAAGAGUGAAAGAUGUUCAAGGUGGAGGAAGCGCAUCAAAAAAGCAGAAAAGAAGCCAUAAAGCAACAGUGGUGAACAACAAAAAGAAGGGAAAAGGCACAAACAGUAGUGAUAGUGAAGAACUUUCUGCUGGUGAAAGUGUAACUAAGACCCAGCCAGUGAAAUCAGGUUCCGCCGGAAUGAAGUCUCAUAGUACCAAAUCUCCUGCAAGGACUCAGUCUCCCGGAAAAUGUGGAAAGAAUGGUGAUAAGGAUGCUGAGCUAAAGGAAUCAAGUCAUCGAUUGCCCAAAGUUUACAAAUGGAGUUUUCAGAUGUCGGACCUGGAAAAUAUGACAAGUGCUGAACGCAUCACAAUUCUUCAAGAAAAACUGCAGGAAAUUAGAAAACAUUAUCUGUCAUUGAAAUCUGAAGUAGCUUCCAUUGAUCGGAGGAGAAAGCGUUUAAAGAAGAAGGAGAGAGAAAGUGCUGCUACAUCCUCAUCUUCAUCUUCACCUUCAUCCAGUUCCAUAACAGCUGCUGUUAUGUUAACUUUAGCUGAACCAUCUAUGUCCAGCGCAUCACAAAAUGGAAUGUCAGUUGAGUGCAGGUGACAGCAGGACUUUCCAAUGCACUUUGCACUUAAUGGCUGUUGAGGGCCACGUCUUUUUUAUACUGCACAGUGGCACAAAAAAAAAUCAGACAAGCACUAUUUUAUAUUUAAAAUUGUUUCUUGACAAGCUGACUUGGCACUUAAGUGCACUUUUUUAUGAAGAAAAAGUACAAUGAACUGCUUUUCCUCAAGCAAUAAUUGUUUCCAACUUGUCUGGGAAUUGUAUGUCUGGUAACUUGAAGGCCUUCCACUGUGGCAAAUGGAGGCUUUUCACUGCCUGUAGAGACAAUACAGUAAGCAUAGAUAUUGGGUGGGCCAGAACAUGGUAAGAUAACUUACUGUAUAUGUAUUCCCUUGUAUUUUGUUAAAGCUGGAACAUUUGAUAUUUUUCCAUUUAUUUAUGAAAAAAAAAAAAAACAAACCUAUUUUCAUUUGUACAAGCUAAUGGUUUUUUAAAGCAAGUCACCCUAGAGUGGCUUUAAUUGUAUAAGUCAAGCACAUGUAAUAAAUUCAAAACCUGCAGUUAACAGGAUAUCAGACAUCAGUCCUGGUAACCAAAUAUUUCAGAUUCUCUUUAAAAAAGACUGAACAUGUUUACAGGUUUGAAUUAGGCGAAAUGGUCUUGCAGUGGCUUUUCAUGCCCCUUCAAAUUGGAAUGGAACUACUGUACUUUGCCAUUUUUCUAUGAAUCAGUAUUUUUUUUUAAUUUUGAUAUAAUACAUUGUGUGAAAAAAGAAAAUGGCUAAUAAACUGUAUUAAAUCUUAAAACAAUGUAUAAAGAUUGUACUUAGCCAGUUCAAAGUGUAUAUUUAUUCAUAAUGAAUUAUAACAGUUAUAUUUUUGUGUUUUCUUGUAAAUGUUUCUUUUCCCUUAAAUGCAGAUAAUUCAUUUGUAUUGAUUAUUUUAUUAUGAGCUUCAAUGAGAGGACUUCAGGAACAAGUCAACUGUAUUAGUAUGGUUCAAGGUUGUUGAUAUGAACUGUUCCAACAGGAUGGUUGUUAUUUUAAAUAUAAAUAGCUAAUCCGGGUGGUAGGCCUAAAAAAUUAAAUGCUUUGUAUAAAAUCCAAACUGAACGUGAAAUUGUUUUCACUUGUAUUGACUUUAUGUUGUAUGAUUCCAAUAUCUGUUCUGUUGGCACUUGUAUUUAAUUCUACACCUUUGUAAGACAUUUGUAUAUUGCGGAUGUGUUCAUUCAAGCUAUUUAAUACCUGGCACUGUUAAUACACAGUACUUUAUUGUACAGACUGUUUUACUGUUUUAAUUGUAGUUCUGUGUACUUUUUUUGGAUGGAGCUGGCAUGUUUUGUUUUCUGCCAAUA